AACGCGCACGAGUUAUUUCUAUUUCUGUCUUAGGUCGACCCGACUGAAUGAGUGUUGAACCUCUCCUUGAUUUCUUUUCCGGCACACUAUCUGGGCUCCAACUUAACUCUUAACUAUUUAGUCGGAUUUUCCAGAUUGUUGACUUAUUCUGAGUAUUUAAUGUUGUUAUGUUGCUACUGUAGAUUUGUACUGUACUGUUUUGUUGAAAGAAAAAAAAACCUUUCCCAGUCAGCUGUCACUGGGGGCACCUGAACUCUGAAAGCACGCAGGAGUUUCAGAGCUGUUGACGAACUCCAGCCUUCAUUUCUACACAGCUCUCAUUAGGGGCAGGAACAGACUUCUGAAACUUUCUGAACAUCAUGGAAACCAACCCUAUACCGGUCCUAACCAUUCAAACAAGCCCUUUUGACGAUCAGAAACCAGGGACUAAUGGUUUGCGAAAGAAGACCAGUGUAUUUGAAAGCAGAAGGAACUAUCUGCAGAAUUAUAUUCAGAGUCUACUGUCCUCCAUCGACCUGAGAGACCGUCAAGGAUGUACCAUGGUGGUGGGAAGCGAUGGGAGAUACUUCAGCCGAGCAGCAAUCGAGGUUAUUGUACAGAUGUCUGCUGCCAAUGGGAUAGGGCGCCUGGUGAUCGGACACAAUGGCAUCCUGUCCACGCCGGCUGUCUCCUGCAUCAUCAGGAAGAUAAAAGCCAUUGGUGGUAUCAUUCUUACUGCCAGUCAUAACCCAGGAGGUCCGGCUGGAGACUUUGGCAUCAAAUUCAAUGUAGCUAAUGGAGGUCCUUCUCCAGACACAGUGAUGGAUAGGAUCUACCAGGUAAGCCGUACCCUGGAAGAGUUCGCCAUCUGCCCAGACCUCCGCAUUGACCUGUCACGCCUGGGAAGGCAGGACUUUGAUCUAGAGAACAAGUUCAAGCCUUUUCGAGUUGAGAUAGUGGAUGCUGUUGAAAUUUACUUGAAUAUGCUACGUGGGAUCUUUGAUUUUGGUGCUAUUAAGAGUCUACUGACUGGUCCAGAUCAGCUGAAGAUCCGAAUAGAUGCAAUGAAUGGAGUGAUGGGACCGUAUGUCAGGAGAAUCUUGUGUGAUGAACUUGGAGCUCCUGCAAACUCUGCAGUUAAUUGUGUUCCUCUGGAGGAUUUUGGUGGCCAGCACCCCAACCCCAACCCUUCAUUUGCUGUAUCACUGAUGGAGUCAAUGAAGGGUGGAGAGUUUGGUUUUGGUGCUGCAUUUGAUGCAGAUGGAGAUCGCUGUAUGAUUCUUGGUCAGAAUGGAUUCUUCGUAAACCCGUCAGACUCACUGGCAGUGAUGGCUGCCAACUUGUCCUGCAUUCCCUACUUCAGGCAGACGGGCGUCCGUGGAUUCGCUCGCAGUAUGCCCACUAGCACGGCUCUGGACAGGGUGGCCAAGGCCAUGAAGGUGGCUAUGUAUGAAACCCCUUCAGGCUGGAGAUUUUUUGGGAAUCUGAUGGACUCGGGCAGGUGCUCUUUCUGUGGAGAGGAAAGCUUUGGAACAGGAUCGGACCACAUCAGGGAGAAGGAUGGUCUUUGGACAGUGCUGGUGUGGCUGUCCAUCAUGGCUGUGCGGAAGCAGGGGGUGGAAGAAAUUGUGCGGGACCACUGGGCUAAACUAGGCCGCAACUACUACUGCAGGUUUGAUUAUGAGGGUGUAGAUCCCAGAGCUGCGUUUUACCUUAUGCGAGAUCUGGAGGCCACGAUCACCGAUAAAGCCUUCACCAGUCAGAAGUUUGCUGUGGGAAACAGUGUCUACAGUGUGGAGAAAACCGACAACUUUGAGUACAUUGACCCUGUGGAUGGCAGUGUAUCACGAAACCAGGGACUGAGGAUCGUGUUCACAGACUCGUCUCGCAUCGUUUUUCGGCUCAGUGGCUCCGGAGCAGGUGUUGGGGCAACCAUACGCAUCUACGCUGAGAGCUAUGAGAGAGACCCUGAGAGGCACACCAGGGAGACACAGGUUGUCCUUGGCCCUCUAAUCGCCAUUGCACUAAAGAUCUCAAGCAUUCAUGAGCGGACAGGACGCAAAGGCCCCACAGUGAUCACCUGAAUGGAACAACGAGACACACGACAGGGGCCAAACCAUGAGACGACCUGCUUCUAGGAUUCGCUCUCAAUGUCUUCCUCACGGUGUUUCACAGCCUCGCUAUUUUUCCCCUCCUGAAGUCGUGACUGUCUCUCGCUAUUCUGCACAACGUCUCACUCUUUACACCGUGUAUUUUUUUUUUGCUGCUGAUUCACAGACUAAACAAAUUUCUCUCUCUCUAUCUCUCUCUCUCUCUCUCUCUCUCUCUCUCUCUCUGUGUAUCUCUCCACCUAUCACUGUCUCAAAUGCAAUAAGAAAGAGUAGCUAUUCCUUUUUAUGAUGCCCCUUUAUACAUGUGAAUCAUUAAAAUGUCUCCUUCACACUGCGUUUCUGCCAUAAUUUUAUUCUUCAUCUAUAAACCAGUGCAAUGUUUUGGUUGUUCCAGAGUUCACCCGAGGAACCUGACCAUUUUUAUGGUCAGUCUUGUUACAUUUUAACAUGUAGCACUGUUUCAUUCAGACAUUUACUGCUGUUGUUGUAUCUCACAAAAAAAAAAAAAAAAAAAAAAAAAAAAAUACAGUCAGUACUACAGAACAUGUUUUUGGUGUGUACUUAAUGGUGUGUACUUAACCACACUGUUGUUGUUCCAAAAAACCUGACCGAGUUCACGUUUAAUUUAAAAAUGAUUCUCACGGACAGUAUAGUGUGUAGUGUAGCAUGAACAUUUUUAUGAGUGGUGUCAUUUGUAGUGUGAAUGAGGCAUUAAUUAAUCAUGAGCUUAAUUACAACCUAAUGAAUGGAUUGGUUUCAUUCAUUUCUUGGCUGAAAUUUUCUAACAUGAAGGACAAAUCUGUAUUCAGUUCAAUGAGUCGUAUGUAUGAGGGAGCAAUUACACUUAACCACUCCAUCAGUUUUACAAACAUAUUUUAAGAUUGUAUUAUGAAACCUUGCGAAAUUUGAAAUGAAGGUCCAAAAUGCAAAGCGAUGUCUUGUGAAGCAUGUUUUUGUGAAUUUUAUAUUAUAGCUUGUGGCCUACUAUCACUGGGAUUGUGAACUGCUGUCACUGGUUUUUGUUUUCUUUUGUAAAGCUACCACUAUACACUUUGAAUGUGAAUUUUCAAUUAGUGCUCCGAAUUUUGGAAAACUCUAAAGAACUGAAACUUUGGCUCUAGUUCAACAGUUAUACGUUUAAAAAACAGAACAAAACAUGGUAAUGCUAAUGCCAUUGUAUUUAAUUUUGUAUCCAACGUUUUAGUGAAAUAAACUGUCUUUUGAGUGUAUUGGGAUAUUGUGCAGAGAUUUUUUUUUACUUUUCUGGUCAGAUUAGUGACCUGAUGUUAGUCAAAAAAAAGAAAAAGAAAAAAAAAAGCUGAUGGUAGUUUAGAGACACAAAAGAAACUCAAAUUAGUUUCUGUCUGGGUUUCAUAGAGAAAAAAAAGCCACUAAUUUAUUUUUUUACUCAAAUGCUGCUCAUAUCGGAUCAAACACAUGGAUGCUUUGACAAACACUUUACCACUCAGAAUCUCAUGAAUUAGAAUUGUUGUUAUAUGGUAUAGCUACAUGGUAUAGUUGCAUUGAUUGACCUGCGACAAAAUAUAAAUUUGAAUACAAUGGAAAGAUUUUCUAUGCAUUUUGUAUCCUGAAUUCAAACCUGCUUACAUAGUGUGGCACAUAGUUUGUAUUUCUUUAAAGAUACAUGAUGGUGUAUGAAAACUAAGCUAUAAAUGUUCUUAACACAUUUAAUGCAUUUAACAGUCAUCCUUAUCCACAGCAACUUAUAUUUUUUUCAUUCAUACAACUGAGCGGUUGAGGUUUAAGGGCCUUGCUCAAGGGCUCAACAGUGACAGUUUGGUGGUCCAGGGAUUUGAACUCACAACCUUCUACCUCAACCACAAAGCCACCACUUUUCAGAAUCAGAAUCAGAAUCAGAUUUAUUGGCCAAGUGUGUUGACACACACAAGGAAUUUGGUUCUAACAGUUUGUGACUCUCAAAGGUCAGUGCGUAAACCGGGGGAGCUGGUCCAGGCCAAACCAUGCCUGAAGGAAUUGAGAUGACGGCGGGGACGACCUCGACAGCGUUAUUUCUGACCUGAGAUUCCUCAUACGAUGGUGGAAAAAGCAUGGCUGGGUGCAUUUGCAUGGUUACCUGGGGCAGAGAUAGCACCAGGAUGGACUAUAGGAAGAAGGGAAGCUUUUACAUUUUCACUUUGUGCAGGAACAAAUCUACAAAACGUAAUUAUUUACCCUGACUGAAAUACAUAUUGUGAUGUAUUCCCCUUAGUAGUUAUACAUGAAGUCGCUUUAAGAUGUCUGUGUGCAAGCAGGAAGCAGGAAGCUUUCUCCAGACGAAACUCACUGCCAAACAUAAAUGAGCGCUGUAUUUUUGAAUGUGGUAAUACUCUUGUGAAUGAGUAUGCCCAAAGGUUUAUGAACUAUUUAUGAAUGAUUACAGGUCCUAGAUCAUUCAUUUAACACUUUGCAUUGGAAUAAAUGCAUUGGACGAUUUUGAAACUUUAUUGUAUCAAGCUUAGCUAAUGAUAAGGUUUAUAACAUGUAUCAAGAUAUUGUUAUCUGCAAUAAGCUGACCCUUUGUUUUAUCUCCAGGAUGACAAGGUUGUUUAAGUUGAAACUAAAGAUGUGUAGACUAUGAAACUUUAUUUAUAUGCAAAUUUAUGUGACAAAAAGACAUUAAUGUAAACACAGAGUCCAAAGAUGCAACUAAAAUGAACUGUGUUUGUGCAGUAAUGCUUUAAAAAGCAACUUGUGUUUAAAUAAGUGACAUUUAAAGUGCAGCGGUUAGACAGUAUUUGAUUUUGAUUUGAAGUGAGAGCAGUACUGUUAUGAGUCAGUACAAUCAAAUUUAAAUACAUCCAUGAGUCAGUACAAUCAAAUAAAAAUACAUCCGUGUAGUAAAUGAAUGUAAAAGUGAUGUGAAUUCGUUAGUGAGGGUGUUACUUGGAUCCCAAGGUGAUGUGUGUAGGGGGCAGCUCUGUAUUCAGGAGUCUGUCAGCUUAGGUGUAGAAUGACAACAGAUACUCUUGCUGGCUGGAAGAUCUCGUUUAUUAUUCAUUCAUUCAUCUUAAGUAACUGCUUUAUCGCAGCCAGAGCCAUGUUGGAUCUUGAUCUCCUUCACAUUCACUCAUUCCUACACAACUAUGGGGUAAUUUAGUUUAGAAAUACCACCUACAGGUAUAUUUUUGUGAAGGAUAAAAAAGAAACAAAGAAAUGUGCACAUGUAAAAACUCCACCCAAGAUAUUUACAGAAUAUAUGACCUGGAAAUCUUUGGAAACGACAUAGGAUUUCUUCUUUUCUUACUCUUUUCUUGUCUUGGAUAGCAUAAUGUAAUUUAUGUCUUUACUUUAGAGUGUCACAAACAGCUGAAACAAACUCCGCGCGUGUGUGUGUGAACUAAAUAAACCUGAUUCUGAUUCUGAGUUCGGUGUAUUUACCAUCUUAUGCAUUGGCAUCUUAACUUGCUGUUUAGUUGAAAACUCGUAGGUGGCAGUAAUGAUGCUGUAAUUAAAAUAAAAACGACGAAGAAGACAUCUAACCGUAUUCGUGUGACGCCGGCCAGUCACUUCCGCUUUCAGUAAAACUGUAACGGCAAAUCAGUUACAAGCUGUUAUUCGUUUCUCAGAGCAUUUGUUUGGAGGUGAGCACUCAUCAGAAGAUGAUUGACUUUAAAGCCUGGGCAGAGUAUGUGGUGGAGUGGGCUGCCAAAGACCCCUAUGGCUUCCUCACAACCAUCAUCCUGGCCUUGACCCCACUGUUCAUCGCCAGCGCUCUGCUUUCCUGGAAACUUGCGAAAAUGAUCGAAUCUAGGGAUCGCGAGCAGAAAAGGAAGCAGAAGCGGCAGGAGAAUAUUGCAAAAGCUAAGAGAGCCAAAAAAGACUGAUCUGAAAUGAAGGGAUGCAGAGGGAUCAAUGCAAUGUUCCUGCAUGUAAAAAAAUAUGUAAAAAAACAAACAAAAAAAAACACCUCAGUGCCACACUCAGCUGUGCAGAAUCCAGAGCAGCUCGUGUAGGGGCUUUGGGUCAACCGGGGCUUUGAGGCGGACUUAGCCCUCGCUACGAGUGUGCACAUCAAGCAGGCUGAUUCAGAUCAAUUUUGUAAAACUGCAUUUUUUUUUCCUGGACAAAUCACUGCUAUAACAUGAUUACAGCACUUAGCAUUCCAAUACAUUUUAAUAGAUUUUUUUUCAACACAAAUCCACUUUUUAUUGUUACUAAAAAACUUCUUAACAGCCUCAGCUGUCUUAAUCUCUGUCCAAUCAGUGUGACUAUGCUUUAAGAUUUGUGAUGGUAGUUUAGUGUGUGUAAAUUCAGAAUGCCCAUGUGAGCAAAAACACAACUGGAAAUUACACACUGCCAUUUAUUUAUUAAUUGCUAUCUAAAUAAGGGGCAAAUACUUUAGACAUAUGGGAAAAGCUCAAGGGGACAAUGUUAAGUGAAACCUCCAGUCUGAAAGGAAUUAAAUCUUUUUAUAUUGAA